CAGAUAGUUUUCAAGAUUCAAGGUCUGCUGCUUCCAUGAAGGGCUGAGGAAGGUUUCAAUCCUGUUUUCUGGUACUUAUCGCAAGAGAAGUCUGCAAGAGACCACCAAGGACAGUCCACAAUGAGGAAAAGGAAGACAACAGAUUCACCUCAUCUGUCAAUAAAUCUGAGUGAAGGGAAGGAGAAAUUAAGACUGAAGCAAGAAGUUGGUCUGAUUAGCGGAGUGUCAUUAAUUGCAGGCACCAUGAUAGGCUCAGGGAUCUUUAUGUCCCCUGAGUGGGUACUACAUCAUAUGGGAAGCCCUGCAAGCAGCCUGCUUAUCUGGGCAGCAUGUGGUCUCCUGGCCAUGUUUGGAGCCUUGUCAUACGCUGAGCUUGGAACCAUAAUUAAAGAGUCUGGAGGAGAAUAUAUUUACAUCUUGAGGAUUUUUGGUCCUUUUCCUGCUUUUCUUUUCGCCUACACUUCUGUUAUCCUGGUGAGACCAGCUGGUUUGGCAGCUGUCUGUCUGAGCUUUGCUGAUUAUGCCAUUGCACCGUUCUAUCCAGGAUGCUCAUCUCCACAGGUUGUCGUCAAAUGUACAGCUGCUGCCUGCAUCCUGUUUUUAACUAUCAUCAACUGUCUCAACGUGAGGCUGGCGACAUCUAUUAUGAACAUUUUUACAGCUGCCAAAAUCUUGGCUUUGUUGGUGAUUGUGGUGGGUGGAUUGGUCCUGCUUGCCAAGGGACAAACUCAGAGUUUUCAGAAUGCUUUUCAAAACACAACUGCAGGUAUCGGGGCAGUUGGAGUGGCAUUUUACCAGGGACUCUGGUCAUACGAUGGGUGGAACAACCUGAACUAUGUAACUGAGGAACUGAAGAAGUCUGAGGUGACCCUUCCCAGAGCUGUGAUGAUUGCCAUUCCUUUGGUUACAUGCCUGUAUUUGCUGGUAAACGUGAGCUACUUAGCAGCCAUGACUCCAUCUGAACUGCUGUCUUCAGGAGCUGUGGCCAUCACUUGGGGGGACAAAGUCCUGGGCAGCUGGGCAUGGCUCAUCUCCCUGUCGGUGGCACUGUCUACGUUUGGUUCAUCCAACGGCACGUUCUUUAGCGGAGGCCGUGUGUGCUACAUUGCUGCAAGGGAAGGCCAUAUGCCAAACAUUCUGUCUAUGGCUCAUGUGCGAUGCCUCACGCCCUCCCCUGCUCUGCUGUUUACAUCUACUGUGUCUUUAAUAAUGAUAAUAUCAGGAAGCUUCACCAGUAUCGUGAACUUUUUCAGCUUUAUGGCAUGGAUUUUCUAUGGCAUGACUAUUUCUGGUCUCCUGUAUUUAAAAAUCAAGAAGCCAGAACUGUCAGGUUCUUACAAGGUCCCAAUUAUCAUCCCCAUGAUCGUGCUGAUGGCAGCUGUGUACCUGGUGUUAGCUCCCAUCAUUGAUCAACCCCAAAUUGAGAUCCUCUACAUCGUCCUGUUCAUUUUCAGUGGCAUCAUUCUUUAUUUCCCACUGGUUCACUUCAAGUGUCACCCUCACUUUUUACAGAGAGUCACUUUACAUCUCCAGUUGUUCCUGGAAGUUGCUCCGACCAGUAGAGAUGCAAACUGA